AUGCACCUCGCGCCGGCUCAGGUGCCGCGCGUCGGCCGCGCGGCGCGGGCCGGGAAGGACGUGACACGCGGGAGGUGCUUGGCGCGCCGGACGCAGGCGCUCCGCCGCGGGCGAGCGCGCACGGAGGCCAAGGCCAUCCCAGCCGAGGAGCCCUGGGCGGACCUCAAGGGCUCUCCGUCCGAGGACUUCUCGAAGAUGGCCAACGAGGAGAUCCUGCUCCUGCUGUACGGCAUGGACAUGGACGUGGACAUCCAGCGCGCGCUCAACCUCGAGGUGUACGACGCCGCGAAGCAGUCGCGCAAGGCCCGGGAGGAGGUGGACGCGGCGUGGGAGCAGAUCAAGCUGCAAAAGGAGAAGCGCGCGCCGGGGGCCGGGGCGCCGGGGGUGCCGGAGCCCGCCGCGGACACGUUCGACCUCAGCCUGCGGACCAUGAAGCUCCGCUCCGAGAUGGAGAAGGCCGUCGCGGCCGAGGACUACCAGUUGGCGGCCGAGAUCCGGGACCAGAUUCGGCAGCUGGAGAUCUCGUCGCUGCAGCAGUCGCUGCUGGCGUCGGACCGGGACAUCCGCCUCGCGGAGCCCAAGUUCCGGCUCGGGCAGCGCGUGUGGCACGCGACGAAGGGCUACCGCGGCGUGAUCGCCGGAUGGGACCUGCACUGCUGCGAGACGGAGGAGUGGGCGCGCAAGGCGGGCGUGUCGGACCUGGACGACGGCGUGGCGCAGCUCUUCUACAACGUGCUCGUCGACCUGCGCGACUUCGGCCUUACGGGCAUGCGCGACCCGCAGUCCUCGCCCGUCGCGUACAUCCCCGAGGAGCUCAUCGCCUCCGUCCCCGACGAGGACGAGUACGGCUGGAAGGGCGCGUUCGGCGACGACGAGUUCCAGCACCCGUACCGCUACCUGCUCUUCAUCGGUAAGGACAACCGCGGGGACCUCGUGCCGUCCAAGGCGCUGCGGGAGCGGUUCAAGGUGCAGCGCUGGGACGUGCACCCGCCGGGUGCCAAGGACAAGGACCAGGGCGCGUGA